AACGCAUGCAUGUACAAAAACAAUGCUAGUUCGUAAACAAAACAUAUUUUUUAUACAUUACUUGGCCAGAGCGAAAAAACAAGGACAAUAUGCGUAAGACGUGGGUGAAGCGGGAGAAUAUAUACUUCAAGCCCUUCUACAAGCAGAAGUCGAAGAUGUUCCUGCUGCUGAUCUUCUUGGUCGGAAUUUCCUUCAUCGCGUAUCAGGCCUUCUCGCUGAACCAGCUGCCUGGAGUGCCUGCUCCGUGGAAUCUGCAGCAGAUCAAGCGCAAGCACCAGCAGAUGAUGCAGUCGCUGGGCAGCAAACAGCGCGACGUGGACGACUUCGAUGGCGGAGGCGCCGAUGCAGUUGCUCCGGCAGGCGGUGAAACCUCAGCGGUUGCGGGUCACGAAGAUCCCAUCAAGAUUGUCAGGGGCACACGGCUCUUCGACUAUGACGCCUACAAGCCCAACUUCGAGGGCAAGUUCCGGUGUCUGGACGGCUCCAAGGAGAUCCCGUUCGACCACCUGAACGACAACUACUGUGACUGUGAGGAGGACGGCAGCGACGAGCCCAGCACGAACGCCUGCGCCAAGGGGCGAUUCUACUGUCGCUACCAGAAGCGGCACAUCACGGGCCGGGGCCUGGAUAUCUACGUGGCCAGCAGCCGCAUCAAUGACCACGUGUGCGACUGCUGCGACGGCAGCGAUGAGUGGAGCACGGCGACCAAGUGCCCCAACGACUGUGCGUAGUCGUAGGCACGCGGGAACCCGUUCCCAUUCCCAUUCCUCUUCCAACUCCUCCACCUGUGCACCCAGGACACCAAUCUCAAGGAUGAAGCUGUCUGGCGGCGCAUCACAAGCGAUAUUUUUUGUACGAGUACAAUAGAAUUGUAAUUUAUUUUAAAAUAAGUAGAUUGAAUAAAAGAAACGAAUUCCAAGAAA